UUAUGCAACAUUAAGCAUUUUACAACAUAUUUUUUGGUAAUUAAUGGGUUGUUGAAUAAACAAAUAUUUUUUAAGUUCCUAGUUGUUAAUCACUCUAAUAUUUUUUGUUAUCGAUUUGGUGAAUGAUUGGGUUAUUGAUUUAGAUGUUCCCUCGUUUUAUUUGAUAUUGGACAAGAAAAUACUCGAGUUGGAUUAAUUCAAUAUAGUGAUCAAAUAAGACAUGAAUUUGAUUUUAACCAAUAUUCUGACAAACAUUCUUUACGACAAGCAAUAGCCCAAACUCAAUAUUUGACUGGUUUAACAAGAACUGGAGCAGCAAUACAACAUAUGGUUCAAAAAGGUUUUGCCAACGUCGAGGAGCACGUCCUCUUUCCUCUCCUCCGUCAUUAUCAAGUAGUACUGAUGUAAGCCGUGUUGCUAUAGUUAUAACAGAUGGAAGAAGUCAACAGAACCAGAUUAAAAAGCUAGAGAACAACAUAUAAAUACUUUUGCUAUUGGAGUUACUGAUCAUGUACUUGCUUUGGAAUUGGAAUCGAUAGCUGGUUUACUAUAAAAAUAAAUUAGGGAUGUCGCGGGUUUAGAGAAAAUAGGGUCCGGGUUAAUUUUCUUUGGUUAAAAAAAUGUCAGGUGCUCCUCGUGGUGGAUUUCUGUGGGGGUUUUUUUCAGAAGAUUUUUUAAAUUGGGGUUUGGUUAUUCCGUUACAUCGCUGAUAUAAACGUGUGAUUUAUUCAUAAUUAUUAUUUAUUUUAAUAGGUUCUCAGCAACGCUGGUUUUAUGUUGAUCGCUUCAAGGAUUUGGAUAUGCGACUUCGAUCAAUUGUAUAAAUUCGUUUAGUUUAUAAUAACUUAAGUGCUCUAAUUUAAGUUCAAAAGCUAGCAUGCCCCUCUCCAUCACGUCCCACUCAAUUAUCAUCUGGUUGCAGUGUUGACGCUCAAACAAUGUGUGAUAGAACGCGAAAUGAAAUUUGUACUUUAAUUAAUAAAAAACCAACAUGCCUUUGCCUUAAUGGUGGAUUUGAUAGACAUUCAUUAACCCCUGUUUGUGGAGGAAAUUUGUGCAAUCCUAAAUUACCAACUUCUUGUCCACAUCCUGAAUUAUGUCAAAGAACACCUUUUGGAAAUCAUCGUUGCGCUUGUCCUGCCUCAUAUGCACGAGAAAUGCAUUCAGGAAUAUGUAUAUCUUCUUCACUUCCUCAUAUAUUUUUAAAUAAACAACAUUUACCUUCAAACUUUACUUCAUCAACUAAAUACCUACUCACCAUCACUGGUGAAACCUGCUCUCCAGGAAUGGCUUUUAAUCCUCGAUCAGGAAAUUGUGGUCCUCCUGGAUUCUGUGAUGCUAUCAGAAAAACUGAAGAUGAAUGUGAUAUACGUAAACGUGAACAUUGCCUUUUACAUACUUCUGGACAAUUUCAUACUUGUCAGUGUUUACCAGGAGAGAAACGACAUCCAGCGACUGAAAUUUGCUACCAAUCUCCAGAUCCUGUAAAUAAACCGGGUCGUCUAUGUGUUGGAGAAGUUAAUGAAUGUGCUCUAGGUCAAACACAUACUCGUUGUUCACCUGAUGCUUUGUGUGUAGACACCGCUGAAGGAUACAUUUGUCGUUGUAAACCUGGUUUUGUUGAUUUAUCUCUAAAUGCACGGCAUGAAUCUGGAAUUGUUUGUCGUAAAUUAGUGUAUGAAUGUUCUCGUGAAGAAUUGAAUACUUGCCACCCAGAUGCAUUUUGUGUGGAUACUCAUGACUCAUACAAAUGUAUUUGUUAA